AGCUCCCUUACAGCACCCAGUGAACUACCGUGGGCACCAUGCUACUGAAGUGUGCCACUGUUUGCCUUGUGGCACUGGCCUUGCUUGGACUCUGUGAUGCUCAGGGUGGUUUUGUGCCUGGGGUGUGGGCUCCAGACCACCACCAACAAAAACAAACAUUUGAAAAACCACUCACAUGGAAAUACCCUGAAGAUCCUAAGCCCAAGCCUAAGCCUGAUGUGCCGUUCCAGCUGAGAUAUCCUGUUUCUGCUGCAUCUGUUGCUGUUGAAUGCAGGGAGGACAUUGUUCGUGUGGAAGUCAAAAAGGAUUUCUUUGGAGUUGGCCAGGUGAUAAAUUCGGCUGACCUUACCCUGGGUUCAUGCGCUGUUGUCGGAGAGGAUACGCCAGCUCAAGUGCUGAUUUAUCAAGCUCAGCUGCAGAAUUGUGGGAGCACAUUAAAAAUGACUGGAGAUUCCUUCAUCUACACCUUCACACUGAACUACAACCCCCAGCCUGUGGGUGAUUCUCCUGUGAUUAGGACCGACAAAGCAGCUGUAGUUGUUGAAUGUCACUACCAAAGAAAGCACAAUGUAAGCAGUCUCGCUCUUGAACCCCUCUGGGUCCCAUUAUCUGUGGCUAAGAUGGCACAAGAGUUUCUGUACUUCACCCUGACACUCAUGACUGGUGACUGGAAAAAUGAGAGGCCAAGCAACCAGUAUUUCCUGGGUGACGAGAUUAAUUUUGAGGUCUCUGUCAUGCAGUACCACCAUGUGCAGCUCCGUGUUUAUGUGGACAAAUGUGUAGCUACCCUUUCAGCUGAUGCAUCUUCUAGCCCCAGAUAUGCAUUCAUAGAGCAAGGGUGUAUGAUUGAUGGUAGGCUCACUGGAUCUGUUUCGAGGUUCCUGGAUCGCACUGCAGAGAACAAGCUUCAGUUCCAGCUUGAAUCCUUCAAGUUCCAGAAUGCUAACAGUGGAAAACUGUACAUUACCUGCAACUUGAGAGCAACAUCUGUUGCCCAAGUCAUUGACAGUAACCACAGAGCUUGUUCCUACAUCCGUGGGUGGAAAGAAGCUGCUGGAUAUGAUGGUGCUUGUGGCUCCUGUGAGUCUUUAACAGGUGGGCAAACUAGUAUUGGAAUUAUUAGUGGCACUACUGGAGGUGGACUUGGUAAUACAGGCACGGGAAAUACAGGAACAGGGACUACAGGCACUGGAACUGGAAAUAUUGGUGGCGGAACCCCGGGUUCUACAAGCCCAAUUAAACAGGUCCCUUGGUUUAGGGGGACACGGGAUGUGUCUCAGCAGGAAGUUUUGGAAUGGGAAGGAGAAGUCACCUUGGGUCCCAUCUCCAUUGAAGAGAAGAAGAUAGCUUAAAACAAUUUCCUGCUAUAAACACGGCCAUUAAAAUGAACUUCAUCUGUGGUUCAUGCCUGAACAUAUGUUAAUUUCAUUCUUCUUAUUCAUAGCUCACAACAAUGUAAUAAGACAUUGAGGAAUGAAAAGGUCCUUCACUGAAACGUAACUCCUUUUACAUGCCCCCUCUCUGUAAUUACAAAUGUUUUAUAUAGAGCUUGUGUAUCCAUGAAUUGGAACUAUUCACAUGUAAUGGAAAUAAAAAUGCAACUGUUUGAA